AUGGCAUCAACGACAACAGCAGAAUCGACGAACGACAUUGUGAUCUACGGUCCAGACUGCACCGUCUACAACGACUCCCCCGGAAAAGCACAUGUUCUGAUCAUUGGCGCGGGAAUCGCAGGACUUACGCUGGCAUUGCUGCUUGACAAGGCUGGUGUCCCCUUUGACAUUUUUGAAAAGUCUGCUGAUUCCAGAACAGUUGGAUCGGCGCUGUAUCUUGGCCCAGAUCUGUUCAGUAUCUUCCACCAGCUUGGGAUUGCGGACGAGAUCAUUGAACAGUCGAAGCCAUGUCACUCCAUCGAUGUCUAUGGUGAGGAUCGAGAGCGACAGUUCAAGAUCGACUUUAAUCUCCUCCGAGAAAUGGGAGGAUAUGAAGGCCGGUUGAUCCCUCGUACGGUUAUCUACAACAUCCUCCUGAGCAAGGUACCGCCAGAGAAGCUCCACAAGCCCAUGCGCAUGCUCUCAAUGACCCAAGGCGAGAACGGAGUCCAUAUCCGCUUUGCCAACGGAUCUGAUUUCGAGGGAGAUAUCCUUGUCGGAGCAGAUGGCGCCUACAGUGCUGUCCGGCAGAAUCUGUAUGAAAAGUUGAAGAAGGACAAGACCUUGCCGGCUUUGGAUGCCAAAGACCUCCCGUUCAGUUGUGUCUGUCUUGCUGGACACUCUGGUCCGCUUGAUCCUGAAAAGUUUACAGAACUGAAGGAUCCUCAGUGUCAUUUCUAUAAUACCAUCGGCACGGACAAGCCCUACUCGUGGGCAUAUUUCACAACCCAGAACAACGUCGCAUGUUGGAACGUAUUCCUGUACCUCGACAAGGAAUCAACUAAGGUCCACAACAACUUCCGCACAACCGAUUGGGGCGAGGGUGCUGUUGGAUCGAUGUGUGACGAGGUGCGAGAAUUCCCUAUCCCCGGUGGCGAUGGGACCUUGACGCUGGCCGAUCUCAUUGAUGGCACACCCAAGACCCAGAUGACCAAGGUCAUGUUGGAGGAAAAGGUUUUCGAUACUUGGUACCAUUGCCGAACUGUCUUGAUCGGAGACGCUGUUCACAAGAUCCAUCCAGCAGGUGGCCAGGGAGCACUCCUUGGAUUCCACGAUGCGAUCGCGUUGGCCAACUGGAUCAAUGUCCUGCCUUCGAAGCGGGUCAAGCACACCGAGUACAUCUUCAAGGAGUACAAGAAGGAGCGUUAUCCCUUUGCCAAGGCUGCCUAUAAUCAUGGCCGCAACAUGUCCAACGUCUCCGAAAAGGCCUUGAAGGCGACGAUAACGAGAUAUAUCUCCAAGAACAUGCCCCACUGGCUCUGGGUGCUGUUCCUCAAAAAGACCUCUGCGCAAAGGCCCCAGGCGUCCUUCUUACCCUACGUUGAAGACAGUGGAACCGUCAAAGCGGCUUACCAACACAGUUAUGUCAAGACGGCCAAGAUGAUAAAGGACCAGGCUGCUGCCAGAGAGGCCGCGGAAGCCGCUGCUAACGAAGCUCCUCCUGCUGCUUCUGCUUAG